GAAGGGUAAUAAAAGAAAAAUAAAUGAACGCUGGCAACAUCCCGCUCCCGCCUGGACUUCCCUGGGCAGGCGAUGAGAGGACGUAUAAAGCGACGCGCUCUCAGUGCAUGCUCAGAGUGCAGCUUGCAAUUGAAGUUACAAUGGUUCGCAACGUGGCAGUGACCUCCCUCCUCGUGGCUCUGUGCCUCGUGGCAGCAGUUGCUGGACACAGCAGGUACGGCAUUGGCGGAUACGGCGGUGGGGUGCUCGGUGGUGUCCACGGAAGUGUCCUUGGUGGUGUUCACGGCAGUGCCAUCGGAGGCGUCCAUGGAGGUGGCGUCCAUGGCCUAGGACUCGUAGGCUCUGGCAUCCACGGCGCUGGAUCCUUCAACACCGCUCAUUACCCUGGCCCUUUGCCUGGUUACAGCUUCUGCGAUCAAAGACCCGUGCUCGGAUACAACAGCUGCAAGUACUGGAGUCAUUACACCAGCAUGAACGAGUGUUCUGUGUCUGAAAGGAUCCUGUGCCAAAAGAAUAGUGGAAAGGAGCGAUAG